AAAAUGACACAACGUGUUUGGUUGGUUGUUUUACUUUUGUGUCUCGGAUUAAUGUGUCCUCUUGUAACUGGAAUUUUUAUGGACAAGCUUGCCAGCAAGAAGCUGUGUGCUGAUGAUAACUGUGUCUACACCAUUUCCCUCGCCAGAGCAGAAGAGGAUUAUAAUGCUCCAGACUGCAGAUUCAUUAAUAUCAAAAAAGGAGAGUUGAUUUAUGUUUACUCAAAACUAGUGAAAGAAAACGACUCUGGAGAAUUCUGGGCUGGAAGUGUUUAUGGACGACAGUAUGAAGACCAUAUGGGGACAGUUGGUUAUUUCCCUAGCAGUUUAGUCUCAGAACAACACGUCUAUCAAGAAGCAAAUAAGACUCUUCCUACAACGGACAUUGAUUUCUUCUGUGAAUAGUGCUGAAAGUGGUCAGGUAAUCUCUCGGCUGCUACCAGGGAAAGCUG